AUGCCCCUCUAUGCCAAAAUUUUGAAGGAUAUGUUUACCAAGAAGAACCGGUACAUCCAUAGUGACAGAAUUAUUGUGGAAGGUAACUGUAGUGCUAUGAUUCAACGCAUUCUUCCACCCAAGCACAAAGAUCCUGGAGUUGUCACGAUACCGUGUUCUAUUAGUGAGGUUGUUGUAGGCAAAACUCUCAUAGACUUGGGAGCUAGUAUCAAUUUAAUGCCUCUUUCCAUGUGCCGGCGACUUGGAGAGAUAGAGAUAAUUCCUACACGCAUGACCCUCCAAUUAGUUGACCGCUCCAUUACAAGUCCAUACGGAUUCAUUGAAGAUGUUUUGGUGAAGGUUAAACACCUUAUAUUUCCAGCUGAUUUCAUGGUUAUGGAUAUAGAGGAAGAUCCUGACAUUCCCAUAAUAUUGGGCUGCCCUUUUAUGUCCAUGACCAACUACAUAGUAGAUAUGGGGAAAGGCAAACUAGAAUUGAGCAUGGAGGGUUAG